UUAUCGUCUAAAUUACAAGAAUCUUGUAAAAACUAAAGUAUUUUAUUUUAUUCUCUAACUUUGUUAAUUUUGAAAAGUAAAAAUAAGAAUGUAGAUUUGAUGAACAUUUUUUGCAUCUUAAACGUGGUAUAUAUUUAUUAAACCUCAAAAAAUUAAUGGACUAUUUUGUUUUGAUUCGGUAUUUACUUUCACUUUCACUUCUAAACAUGGAGGCAAAGUUAAAAGACAUAGUUGCUGCAUACGAUCCCGAUAUUAAGCUACGAAAAGAACAAGAACAGGCUCUAUUGUUUUUAAUGAAAGAAAAAGGUGAUUUGUUGGUAAACUUACCCGUGGGUUUUGGAAAAAGCCUAAUAUACCAUCUUUUACCGCAGGCCCUAGCAACCCACAGAAUAUCCCCCGUUGUGAUAGUAGUGUCCCCUUUAAAUAUUAUUCAUAAAGACCAGAUGGAAGACUUGAAAAAACAUGGCAUUUCUGCGUGUAGACUAAACAUCUGUUCGAAAGUUGAGGAGACUACGGAUGAUGAAGAUAUGGGAUCAUUUGAAUUGGACUCGACGGGGGUUGAUCUAGAUAAUGUUAUACAUGGCCGAUAUUCCGUAUUAUUGUGUCACCCAGAGGCCCUUCUUAACACUAAGAAAGGGUACUCUCUGUUAAUCGACCCUGCUUUUAAGAAAAACGUAGUUGGCGUUGUCAUAGAUGAAUGCCACAUAAUAGAAAAAUGGGGAGAUGAAUUCAGAACUGCAUUUAAGAGGUUAGGAACCCUCAAAGUCUUCUUCCCUGAUGUUCCUUUUGUUGCCCUUAGUGGUACUCUCACUAGAGAACAAAAGAUUACUAUUCCAAAACAUCUGUGUUUAGUGAAACAUGAAAUAAUAGAAACAACACCAGAUAGACCAAAUAUAUUUCUUGAGAAAAAGCAAAAACAGUCUGGUAUAGAUGUUCUUAGUCAGUACGAGCAGAUAAUAUAUCAAGUAUGUGAUGAGCUGUACAAGAAGCGAGAGUUGUAUCCUGUGACAUUACUUUUUAUUCCAAUAUUCUAUAUGAGUGAAGCACUGAGAUACCUAAAUAGCAUAUUUGGCAUUCAAAAUAUUUACAGUUCCAUAUACAGUGCCUUAUGUACUGGACAGGAUAAUGAAGUCAUUGAUGCAACAAUUAAUGAAUUAAAAAAAGAAAACCCGAGAAUUCGUUUGGUGCUAAACUGGAUAGGAAGUGGGUACACCAAAGACUUGGCUUCCAUCUUCUUAGAAUACUCAUGGGGCAAAUGCUCAGGAAUAAGUUUCUUGUAG